UAAUGCAGGAGUAUGAACAGGAAUCAAACACAAUUAUAUUUCUAUAUUGUAAAUCCUCAUUAGCGAAAGACUAAUCUAGACUGUUGUGUUUUUGUGCAGAGAGACAGCAAGGGACCGAAUGAGAAUGAAAGAGCUGGGCAUUACUCACAUCCUGAAUGCUGCGGCUAUGAAAAAGAAACUGAGGAUCUUGUUGGGAAUGCCAUGGGAGAAAGACGUGAAAGACACAGUUGACACAGGAGCGAGUUAUUACAGAGGAAUUAAGAUCCGUUAUUGUGGCUUGCCUACAACAAAGGCUUCCAACAUCAGCAAAUACUUCUUGCCAGCUGCCAAAUUUAUCCACAAGGCCAAGAAAAACUCAGAAAAUAAGGUGUUCAUUCACUGCACAGAUGGUGUCAACUACGCUCCUACACUUUUUCUGGCAUACCUCAUGAUCCACCAUAACAUGAUUGUGGAGGAUGCCAUUGAUUAUCUGGUAAAGGUGAAAUACAUCAAGCCUGACAUAGACUUCCUGAGGCAGCUGGCAAUCCUCAAUGAGGAACUUGUGCAUAAGUAA